AUGUUUACCCUUGCGGAAGUUGCUUCACUUAAUGACAUUCAGCCAACUUACCGAAUCCUGAAACCAUGGUGGGACGUGUUUAUGGAUUACCUGGCUGUCGUUAUGCUGAUGGUAGCCAUCUUUGCAGGAACCAUGCAACUUACCAAAGAUCAGGUGGUCUGCUUGCCAGUAUUGCCAGCUCCUGUAAGUUCAAAGGCACAUGCUACACCAGGAAAUGCCGACGUUACCACCAACAUCCCGAAGAUGGAAUCAGCCACAGACCAAGACCAAGAUGGGCGGAUGACAAAUGAGAUUUCCUUUGGCGCAUCUGCUGUGACACCUGACAUACCUCUCAGAGCCGCAUAUCCUCGUGCAGAUUCCACAGUUCCAAAUCAGGAGGCCAAGAAAGAGAAGAAAGACCCAACUGGCCGAAAGACAAACUUGGAUUUUCAGCAAUAUGUGUUUAUUAAUCAGAUGUGUUACCAUCUGGCCCUUCCGUGGUAUUCCAAGUACUUUCCAUACCUUGCUCUUAUACAUACUAUUAUUCUCAUGGUCAGUAGCAACUUUUGGUUCAAAUAUCCCAAAACAUGCUCAAAAGUAGAGCAUUUCGUUUCGAUCUUAGGAAAGUGCUUUGAAUCUCCUUGGACUACUAAAGCGUUGUCUGAGACAGCGUGUGAAGACUCGGAGGAAAACAAGCAGAGAAUAACAGGUGCCCAGACUCUACCAAAGCAUGUGUCUACCAGCAGUGAUGAAGGGAGCCCCAGCGCCAGCACCCCGAUGAUCAACAAGACUGGAUUCAAAUUUUCAGCCGAGAAGCCCGUGAUUGAAGUCCCCAGCAUGACCAUCCUGGAUAAAAAGGACGGUGAACAGGCCAAAGCCCUGUUCGAGAAAGUGCGGAAGUUUCGUGCUCACGUGGAAGACAGUGACCUGAUCUAUAAACUCUAUGUGGUCCAAACAGUUAUCAAAACAGCCAAAUUCAUUUUCAUUCUCUGCUACACAGCAAAUUUUGUCAACGCAAUCAGCUUUGAACACGUCUGCAAGCCCAAAGUGGAGCACCUGACCGGUUACGAGGUGUUCGAGUGCACCCACAACAUGGCGUACAUGCUGAAAAAGCUGCUCAUCAGUUACAUAUCCAUCAUUUGUGUGUAUGGUUUUAUCUGCCUCUACACUCUCUUCUGGUUAUUCAGGAUUCCUUUGAAGGAAUAUUCUUUUGAAAAAGUCAGAGAAGAGAGCAGUUUCAGUGACAUUCCAGAUGUCAAAAAUGAUUUUGCGUUCCUUCUCCACAUGGUAGACCAGUAUGACCAGCUCUAUUCCAAGCGUUUUGGGGUGUUCUUGUCAGAAGUCAGUGAAAAUAAGCUUCGGGAAAUUAGUUUGAACCAUGAGUGGACAUUUGAAAAACUGAGGCAGCACGUGUCACGCAACGCCCAGGACAAGCAGGAGUUGCAUUUGUUUAUGCUGUCAGGCGUGCCUGACGCUGUCUUUGACCUCACAGACCUGGAUGUGCUGAAACUCGAGCUGAUUCCAGAAGCUAAACUUCCUGCUAAGAUUUCUCAGAUGACUAAUCUCCAAGAGCUUCACCUGUGCCACUGCCCUGCAAAAGUGGAGCAGACUGCUUUCAGCUUUCUCCGCGAUCACUUGAGAUGCCUUCACGUGAAGUUCACUGAUGUGGCAGAAAUUCCUGCCUGGGUGUAUCUGCUCAAAAACCUUCGCGAACUGUACUUGAUAGGCAAUUUGAACUCUGAAAACAAUAAGAUGAUAGGCCUCGAAUCUCUCCGAGAGUUGCGGCACCUUAAGAUCCUCCACGUGAAGAGCAAUUUGACCAAAGUCCCCUCCAACAUUACUGAUGUGGCCCCACAUCUCACCAAGUUAGUCAUUCAUAAUGACGGCACUAAACUCCUGGUACUGAACAGCCUUAAGAAAAUGAUGAAUGUUGCCGAGCUGGAACUCCAGAACUGUGAGCUAGAGAGAAUUCCACAUGCUAUUUUCAGCCUCUCUAACUUACAGGAACUGGAUUUAAAGUCAAAUAACAUCCGCACAAUUGAAGAAAUCAUCAGUUUCCAGCAUUUAAAACGACUGACUUGUUUAAAAUUAUGGCAUAAUAAAAUUGUCACCAUUCCACCCUCCAUCACCCACGUCAAAAACUUGGAGUCACUUUAUUUCUCUAACAACAAGCUGGAAUCCCUACCAGUGGCAGUGUUUAGUUUACAGAAACUCAGAUGCUUAGAUGUGAGUUACAACAACAUUUCCAUGAUCCCAAUAGAAAUAGGAUUGCUUCAGAACCUGCAGCAUUUGCAUAUCACGGGGAACAAAGUGGACGUUCUGCCGAAACAGCUGUUUAAAUGUGUUAAGUUGAGGACUUUGAAUCUGGGGCAAAACUGCAUCACAUCCCUCCCAGAGAAAAUCGGUCAGCUGUCACAGCUCACCCAGCUGGAGCUAAAGGGGAAUUGCUUGGACCGCCUGCCAGCCCAGCUGGGCCAGUGUCGCCUGCUCAAGAAAAGUGGGCUUGUGGUGGAAGAUCACCUUUUUGACACCCUGCCCCUCGAAGUCAAAGAAGCGUUGAAUCAAGAUAUAAAUAUUCCUUUUGCAAAUGGGAUUUAA